ACUAAAUAUACAAGAUGUCUACUUCCAGUUAAUGUCACGUUUUUCUUGUCCUGUAGAUGGCAACUGGGCCUGGAUUUAUUACUAUUAAAGUGCCAUACUAUAUCAUUUCUUUUAGAAAACGCACAGUUUGAUUUUUGUUUUUUUAUUUUUUUUUCACGGUAAUAGCAUUCUGUUUUUGCGACCAGAAAGACAAAUACCUUCAAGUUACUUGUUGAGAAUCAAAGAUAAACAUUAGGGUGAAAUGGCUCAUGGAAGAAUCUUAAGUUUGCUACUUCAAAUUGAAAAGAAUGUCAUGUUUAAGGCCAUAAAAUCAACAGAUGUGUUAUUGAAUUCAAGAAAUGUUUUAAGGCGUCAGCUUUUCAUGUCAUCUCCAGUUUACUUGGCUAAAAGGAAGAAAAAACGGGAUCCAGUUCGUUUUAAGCCAAAACCGCUUGAUAAAGAUGCCAAAGUGAUUCCAAUUUCUCCAAAUAUGACUGUUGAUGAGUUGGCUAAAGCAUUAGAAAAAGACACAGAUCAUGUUUUUGAAGCAUUAACAUUUGUAAAAGAUGGUGACAAUUACGAAUAUGUUAACAGUGUAAUUGAUGAUAUUGAAGUAAUAAAAGGUGUUGUUAAAAAGUCUGGAAUGAAAUGGACGCCAGCACCAAAACGGAUUACAAAGGAGAAAGAAAGUAAAGACUUUGUGAGACAAGAACCACCAUUGCCUGAUUCCCUUAUCAAACGUCCUCCUGUUGUUACAAUUAUGGGACAUGUAGAUCAUGGAAAGACAACACUUUUAGAUUCCCUACGGAAAACUAAUGUAGUCUCAACAGAGUUUGGUGGCAUCACUCAACAUAUUGGUGCUUUUUCAGUUAGUCUUCCUUCUAAGGAAAAGAUUACAUUCCUUGAUACACCUGGACAUGCUGCUUUUUUUGCAAUGAGAGCCAGAGGUGCUUUGCUUACAGAUAUUGUAGUUCUUGUUGUUGCUGCAGAUGAUGGUGUAAUGCAACAGACAAUUGAAUCAAUAAAACAUGCACAGAAUUUCAAAGUUCCUCUCAUAAUUGCCAUUAACAAAACCGACAAGCCUGGUGUUGAUAUUGAAAAAUGCAAGCGUGAGCUUUUAUCCUAUGAAGUUAUUGUGGAAGAUUUAGGUGGUGAAGUUCCUGUUGUACCAAUUUCAGCUCUGAAGGGAACCAAUUUAAUUGAUCUCUGUGAAAACAUUGUUGCAUUGGCAGAAAUAUUGGAGCUAAAAGGUGAUCCAACAGGAUUUGUGGAAGGUCAUGUUGUUGAAUCAUAUACUGAUCUUCAUAGAGGAAAACUUGCUACAGUAAUUGUGGAAAGAGGGACAUUGAAGAAAGGUGCAUAUCUGAUAGCUGGGCCAGCUUGGGCAAAGGUGCGUGCAAUGUUUGAUGAGAGGGGUCAACUUGUGCAAGCUGCUGGUCCAAGUACACCCGUAGAAGUGAUUGGCUGGAGAGAACUUCCAAAUGCUGGAGAGGAAAUAUUUCAAGUUUCUACUGAACAGAGAUUAAAAGAAAUAAUUAAUUGGAGAAAACAGCAGCAGAUGGAACAAAAGAAAGAGAAAGAUCAAGUUUUUAUUGACCAAAAACGCUUUGAACAUCAAAUUGUGUAUGAAGCUGAGCUAGAGAAACGACGAGAAGCUGGGCGCAAGAGAAAAAUAUGGACAAUGAAAACAAAAGAGACAGUUACUUCAUAUGAAGGACCACAGCUAUCAAUUGUAUUAAAAGGAGAUGUUGACGGUUCCUUAGAAGCCAUCAUGGAUACAUUAGAUACAUACAAAUCACAGGAGUGCCGGCUUGAUUUCCUCCACUAUGGUAUUGGUAGUGUAACUGAAAAUGAUGUUGAAAUGGCUGCUGCAUUUGAAGGAAUUAUUUAUGGAUUCAAUGUAGAUAUCCCUGAUUCUGUGGCAAAACUAGCUAAGGCCAAAAAGGUUCCAGUGAACUUGCACAAAGUUAUUUAUAAACUCUUCAAUGAUUUGAAAGACCGUCUCAGCGAGCAGCUUCCACUUUUGACCAAAGAAGAAAUUGUUGGUGAAGCUAAUAUUUUAGAAAUUUUUCAAGUAACAGUGAACAAAAAGAAACACCCAGUUGCUGGUUGCCUUUGUACAAAAGGAAAAUUAAUGAAGAAUUUGAACUUCAAAGUUCUACAUAAUGAUGAAGUCAUUUAUGAUGGAAAUAUAUCUUCUAUGAAGCAUUUCAAACACGAAGUCGAUACCAUCAAAACAGAUUUUGAGUGUGGUAUUAGUUUAGAAGAUUUAACGAUACAAUUCCAGCGAGGAGAUAGACUUAUUUGUUAUAAAGAAAUUCAAGAGCCACAAAGUAUAAAAUGGGAUGUAGGUUUUUGAGUAUAUUUAUAUUGUUAUUUUAAAUAAAAUAAUAAACUAUAUUAUUUAUA